AGCUAGAGUUUACACUUCAAGCUGGCAAAUAAUGCAAUUAUCAGUCGUUUUUUAAAUUUUAUCCAAAACACUAAAUUCUGAUGGAAUUUAUUGAGCUUAUACUAAUAAAUAAGUUAGAUGGUGUAAUUUUAAAAUAUCCUCAUCAUGACAAUGUAGACGGAACUGUAUGUAUCACAGGCCAUCACCUCAUUUUGAGUUCAAGAAAAGAAGGCGUUCGAGAACUAUGGCUUCUUCACAAGAAUAUAGACUGUAUAGAGAAAAAAGAAAACAAAUUAAGUGGGGGUAUAAUUCAAGGAGGUUCAUUAUAUUUAAAAUGCAAGGAUCUAAGAAUAUUUCAAUUAGAUAUAAGUAGCACAACAGAAUUGAAUCUCGUUGCGCAGACUUUAGAAAAUCUAUCGAACCUACAAGACCCAAGCUUGUUUUAUCCAUUCUUCUAUAGACAUAUGCAUCCUAUCAUGGAAAAUGGAUAUACAUUAUACAGUAUUGAAGGAGAAUUCACGAAAGUGUUAGCAACAGAAGAAUGGCGCAUAUCCCGUGUAAACCAACAUUAUACGGUCACACCUAGUUAUGCAAAAGCAGUGGUGGUACCAAAAGUUAUAGACGAUGAGACAUUAUUAGCUGCGGCAAGUUUCAGACAGGGUGGUCGAUUUCCAGUACUUUCUUAUAGGCAUAAUAAUGGGGCUGUAUUGUUAAGAGCUGGUCAACCACUAUAUGGCCCAAAACAUCGAAGGUGUAAACCCGAUGAACUUAUUCUUAACUCAGUUGUUAAUGUUGGAAUGAAAGGCAUUAUUUAUGACUUAAGAAGCACUAAUUCAAUAUCACAACAUCAAAACAAAGGAGGUGGUACGGAGAGUGCGGCAAACUACUCCCAGUGGAAAAUAUACAAUAGAUCCAUGGAUGAUGUUGAUAAUCAACAACAGUUAUUAGAGAGCUUUUCCAAGUUAAUUGAAGCAUGUCUAGACAAAGAGAUAUCAUCGGACAAGUGGAUCUCAAGAUUGGAGUCGUGCGGUUGGCCGGAGUCAGUUCGCAACUCGCUUCACACGGCAUGUAUUAUAGCGCAACACAUACACCAUAAAGGUGAACCAGUUUUAAUUCAUGGUACGCGUGGUGAGGAUGCAACAUUGCUUGUCUGCUCUCUGGUGCAAAUUAUACUGAGCCCUGAUUGUCGAACUAUCAGAGGGCUGCAAGCGCUAAUAGAGCGCGAGUGGCUGCAGGCGGGGCACCCGUUCGGCGCGCGGCUGCGCUGCGGGCCGCACGCGAGCGCGCCGCGCGCCGCGCCCACCUUCCCGCUGCUGCUCGACUGCGUGCGCCAGUUCCUCGAGCAGUUCCCGUGCAGCUUCGAGUACCGGCAGUCGUUCUUGAUCGCACUCUUCGAGCACGCGUACGCGAGCCAGUUCGGAACAUUCCUCUGCGACAGUGACCAAGAGCGCGAAACCCGUGGGGUCUAUCAGCAGACAACCAGUAUAUGGUCAUGGAUCAACCAGCCAGAUGAGUUGUCCACAUACAUCAAUCCGCUGUACGAUCCCACACCUAAUGUCAUAUGGCCGUCUGUUGCACCUAUGAGCUUCGUAAUAUGGGAAGAACUGUACCUCCGCUGGCUGGUCCCGCAGCACACGGAGGAACGCGAAGAGCAGUACAAGGUGAUACGGACCAGGGAGCAACAUCUGCGCUCGCAGGCGCAGCAGUUGCGCAGGGAAUUGCUCGAUCUAGCCGCACAGUACUAUAAUAAGGGUGAUAAAUAGACAAUACUGGCUAUAGACAAUGGAAAUAUUUUCUUAUAUACAAAAAAAUGCACUCAUUUUUGUGUUUGUAACGGCUUCUAAUGAAGCUUGGCGAUUAAACGAAAAUGAUUAAUGGAAUGCUAUCUUACGCUUGGUUUCAAAAUACAAAUAUGUAUUAUUCGAUUAAUGCUCUUAAAGCUUUAGUUUUUUUUUUGUUUUAUUGUGGUUGAAACUAUUCUUCGUCUCGAAUUUAUUUUUUGGUCUGAAAGCAAGAUUUUAUAAAUUGAAUAUAGACGCCAUCAAAAAGUUUUGCCCAGUUUGUAUUUUGAUGGCGUCCUUCAAAAUUUGGGGAAAUAUUUACUUUCCUUGGGUGUUUUGAAUUUGUUUUGCAUAAUGUGUAAUUAUUAUAUUGUAAUUAAUACAACUUAACGAGAUAUAAUAGUUUUCUAUUUCAUUUAUUUUAUUAAACAACAGGUCGGACCUACAACAAGAGGCUCUCUUAAAUCGGUAGUUUUGUAGUAGGCUGAUGAAUUAAUUUUUAGUGAAUAAAUCAAACGUUUUAUAUAAAGUAAGCAAGUUUCAUACAAAUAUAGCAAAAAUAUAAAGAAAUAUUAAUAAGGGGACUUAAAUAGUUUCCGUCUAUUUUUAUUGGCUAGUUUUGGUAAUUUUAAUUUUACAUUCGUAAUAGAAAUCAUGACAUAUUUUUUUUAUAUUAUUCUUUCAAUAUGAGAGUAUCUAGUCGUUUAGAAACUUGGUUAUAUAUAGACCUAAUUUAUGAUUUGUAGCAUUCUAUAAUAUGUGUUAAUUUAAUUCUUUGUUAAGAUUUUAUUUUUCUGUACAAUAACUUGUUUUAUGUAUUUUUUCUAGUGAGUACUUAAAAUAUAAAAAUAUACAUUAGUAAAUAAGAGUUAAGUGUGUAUUUUGAACAUUUUAAUAGUUUAAAACUCUAAUAACUCUGAAUAUCGUUAAUUAAUAACCAAAACCAAACUGCCAAAAGUGGACACCUAUUUUAUAUUUGUAUUGUUAAUGUAAUGUAUAAGCAUUUAAAUCUUAAUUAUACAUACAAGUUGAUUUCAUUUGUCAAAUUAAAAAUAUAGUUAUUAUGUAGUUAAUAGAAGAUUUUUUAAAAAAUUUCAUGAAUUAUUAAAUAUUUGAAAAUAUGGCUUGGCUGGCUUGGCCGUGGCUUAUAAUUCUGAACUGAAACUUUGGCCUAACUGCUUAAAAGGUAAUACCUAAACAAAUAAAGAUAUACAUACAUAUAGUAGUAAAAGUAUAGGUAACAAUGUAUCUUAUUGUAUAAUCGAUUUGUAGCUUGUUAUUUGAGUAAAUUUUCUUUUGAACAAUAUUUGUUUGUUUGUAAUGAAUAAUAAUUCCAAAUAGUUUCAUAGUUUUUUUUGCGAACUUUAACAAUAAUUAAGAUAUAGGAGAGAAAAAAUAUAUAUAUAAUAAUUUAUUUUCAAAUAUAGUAUUUCGUUUGAUAGUAAUGCUAUGGGUAGAAAUAAUAUAUAAAUACUAUAAUCUAAAAAUAUCCUGUGUUAUUAUUUACAUAAAGCUAUUAUAAAAAAAGUUUGGGUGCCUGUCUUUUGUAACUAUUUUAAAUAUAUAAUGUAAAUGUUAAUAACUAAAGAUAUAAAUAAGGUAUUCCUAAGAUUUGCGCGCGCUCUCAGUAACGCUGUCUUUUAUGGAAUCUAUAUGUAGGCAUACUCAUUAUUUAAAUUAGUUUAGAUGAGAAUAAUUAAAUAAUUGAGUUUAGAGCAUAGCUCCAUAUCAUAUAAUUCAUUGGCGUAACACGAUUAGAUUAAGCGUCACCAGUAACUUGUGUUUUUUUAAAUAAAAAAAAUAAUUUUAAGAGCUUUUGUAAUGUGUGGUAUGUUACAGUUUAGAUGUGUUUUCUCCUACUACGCGUAUUUCCUCGUUAAAAAUAGUUAUAUUUGGGUCCAUACUAGUUUCUGUUUGAGUGGGAAAUGCCCUAAAGUUGAUUCUGACAUGGUGAAUUUUGUGAAGAUGGAUGUAUCAUUGUUAUUCUUUCAUGCGAAAACUAGUGAACGGAUUUUAAUGAUACUUCGCAGUGAUGUAGCUCAGGUCCCAGAAUGACUCACUUAUAAUAAUCCUUAUACAUUUUAUUUUAAGUUUAUAAGUUCUUAUUCUUUUCUUACCAAACAUAUUUUAAGUCUUUAUUCCUGUUUAGCUUUUUAGUAUAUUGACAAUUAAAAAAUAAUGUGCAUUAAUUAAUUUAAAAUGUAAUAUGUCAAUUUGAUACAUGUAGAUAAGAGUAUAUUUAUUGUCAAUUAAAGUAUCGCAGCAAAAA